UGGUGGCGCCCGGCUGGCGGCGCUGGAGCCGGCCUGGCGGGGGUCGGGCGGUGGGUCCCCCUGCUGCUGUGCCUGCUGCAGUCCACUCGAGGGAAGCCCCAUCUGGCCCCUCCCCAGAACGUGACGCUGCUCUCCCGGGACUUCAGCGUGCACCUGACAUGGCUCCCAGGGCCUGGCUACUCCCAGAAUGUGACCUAUUUUGUGGCCUAUCAAAGCGCUGCAACCCCCAGACGGUGGCGAAAAGUGAAGAAGUGUGCAGGAACCAAAGAGCUGGCAUGUUCUUUGAUGUGCCUGGAGAAACAAGACCUGUACAACAAGUUCAAGGGGCGUGUAUGGGCGGUUUCUCCCAGUGCCAGGUCCCCCUCGGUGGAGUCCAAGUACCUGGAUUACCUUUUUGAAGUGGAGCCAGCCCCCCCUGUCCUGGAAGUCAUUCGGACAGAGGAGAUCCUGAGCGUCAAUGCCACCUACCAGCUGCCUCACUGCAUGCCCCCACCGGAUCUGAAGUAUGAGGUGGAUUUCUGGAAGGAAGGCAUCAGGAACAAGACACGAUUUCCGGUCACUCCCCGCGGCCAGCCAGUCCACAUCCCCCUGCAGCCAGCCACCAGCGGACACCAUUGCCUCAGUGCUAGAACCAUCUACACCUUUGGUGAUCCUAAAUACAGCGACUUCUCCAAGCCGACCUGCUUCUUCCUGGAGGCCCCAGGAGCCAGCUGGGCAUUCCUGGUGCUGCUACCACUUCUGCUUCCCCUGCUGUUGGUCAUUGCCAUAGGCUAUGUGAUCUGGAAGCGCUUCAGAGAGAACCCCUGGUUUCAGCGGGCAAAGAUGCCGUGGGCCCUGGACUUUUCUGGGUACAGAUACCCCACGGCAACCUUUCAGCCCAGUGGCCCCGAGUCCCUGGAUACCUUGACCCUCUGUUCCCAAAAGGAACUGACCAGAAGGGUCAGGCCAAGCCCUGGAGUCAGGACCCCAGCCACCGUCCAGGCAAGAUCAGAGAAGAACAGUGCUGAGGAGGAGGAGGAGGAGGAGGACACAGACGACAAUGUCAGCUUUCAGCCCUACCUUGAACCACCCCCCUUCCCAGGGCAGGAGCACCAGAUCCCGGGGUGCUCUGAGGCAGCUGGCACCUGGAGUCCUCCCGUCCAGGUCGAAGGCUCCUCUGCUGCGGAUGCUUCAGACAGAAGCUGGGCCAGCACGGGGGGCUCCUCCCCCUGGGAUGAGCCUGGGUCCUCUUGCUAUUUGGCCAAGAAGAAGCCAGGCCAAGGGCCAGCUGGGGACGGGUGUCAGGAGCCUCUCCCACUGCCUGAAUUCUCCAAGGACUUGAGUUUCCUGGACAGUCCCCUGAAAGAUGACCUCUCCUCCUGGGCCAGCUGGGGCUCCUCAACACCAGGGCUGAAUCUGGUCCCUGGGGAGCCCCCAGUUACUCUUCACACACUGACCUUUUGCUGGGACAGCAGCCCUGAAGAGGAAGAGGAGGAGGAGGAGGAGGAGGAAGAAAGUGAAGGAGGAGGAGGGGGAGGAGGGAGGGAAUCAGAAAUUGAGGAUGAUAGUCCUAGCAACUGGGGGGCUGGGAGCCUACGGAAGACUGAGGUCAGAGGUGGGACACUGGGGCAUUACAUGGCCAGGUGAGCUGUUCCCCAGCUUCCCUCCAAGUCUGGUGCCACUGAGCUUUCCUAGGACCUGAGAUGCCACCGAGACUUGAGAGCCUGGGAGCAUCACCACUGAGGCCGUGGAGGGUUCUUGCAGCAUUUCGGAAACCCCAGGGUUGGUGUCAAUUAGCUUGAGCAGUAAGAAGCCACCCCAUCCUUUUUGACUCACCGACUUUGGGCUGAGCUCCAAGAGAGGUGGAGACAAGAAUGGGCUGAGGUCAGAGGUUGAUUGGGUGUCGCAUCACCCCAUCGGCUUUGGGGUGACAGGCCAGUUAGAAAAAUCAUCCCUGAAAACAUGAAACAGGUGAAGUCAGGUCACAGUGGACACCAAGGGCUAACACCACAAGGGGCCAUCUGGAUCUGGAGGGAGGGAAUUUGGAGCACAUCUUUAUCAGUGUCAUGCCUUUCUCUGGCACCUCCUGAGCACCCCCACCCCCAGGUCCCAGCCUCCUGGUUCAUGAGUCCUCGAGGGUGGGCCCCAGUGAAGAAAAAUCUAGUAAGCCAGGGAUGUUGGACAGGAAGGGAAAGGGUAGUCAUUAUUCAAAUUCCAGCCUCUGACUCAGGGAAUUACACAGCUUUUAUGAUCAGAUGACCUGGCUUCAAAUCCCAGCUCUGCCAUUUACCAGUCAUGUGACUUUGGGUAAGCCACCUUCCUUCACUGUACCUAGGUUUUCUCACCUGCAGCUGAGAGUCCCAAGAGAGAGACGUGUAGUAUGGUGGCUGUCACAUCACUGGUACCCUCUGCACGGUGGCUGGUAGGAUUCUCCAUCCUCCCAGGCUCUGAGAGGACUGCAGGGCAUCUCCCACCUGUGACCCCUAAACUCUGAGCGACUAGCGUUCACCUUUCAGCUGGUCUCACCUCUCAUCUACCUCCUGCCUUCUACCUUCACUUCCUCCCUCCUCCUGGUCAGGAAACUGCACUCUCAGAAAGCCAGAGCCCAGCCAAGAGGGACCCUGACCCCUCUCCCCUUUCCCAAAAAGAAGGAACCAAAUGAUCCACCUUCCAGGGGUCUGAUUUGUUGGGGUUGGGGUCACAACCUGGCAGAGAACUAGACUCGUGGGCCUGUGAUCCCUGUUUUAGACAGCACUUUAGACUCUUUGAUUAUAAAGAAGUCCCAUUUUCCCUUCUAGUUGUGAGAAUCCAGCACCUUCUGGCAGCGUUAUGUUAAAAGGUAUGGGAGAAGCAGUAAAGUGUCCCCCAAACUGAGAGGGCACUUUGAGGCCGGGAAAUGAAGCAGGCCGCUGCAUACAGUUUUCACAGAGUUUUAUUCAGGGUAACUCACUGACGGGGCGCUUGGGCGGACGAUGUUCCGUGCAGAGACAUAUUUACUCUCUGGGAAAUCCAGGCCUCAGUCCGCAGGUGUGAUAGAGCCAGGGGACGCUCAGAAGGGCAUUGUGGUGAGAUCAGAGGGUCUGCACACACCUCAGAGGGCUGGAGUGCACCUCUGACAGCUAACCUUUCAUCAGAACCUGUGCAUCAGGAAGGGGAAAGACUAUGUUGUCUCUAACAGGUUCAUGGGAGGCCAAAACAAGCCUCCCCCCCCAUCCCAGCCCUGGUGGGCAUUUCUAAGGUAUGUAUAUGAAUCUCCAAGGGCCUAGAACACAUAGCUUCAAGAGAGGUCGUGGAGUGAACAUGAACAAGAUGGAGGGCCAAAGAUGGAGUCAGUAUGGUCAGCGCUCCUACAAGGUGACGAUCCUUACCUGGGGGCUGGUGAGGGGUGUUCUCAAACCACUGUCUUAUUAACCCAUACCCACCAGUGUAUGGGUGAGCAGAGCUGAGUUUUUACCCACAGGGACCAAGAUUUUUGUCAUUUUGUGGCUGGGAUCUGAACCAUCGUGGUUCUGUGACCUGGGCCCUGCCAUUUAACUGCCAGGACUUAGAUUUCUCCAUUUGUGAAGAAAGCGUCUUUGUAGCCAUUUUACCCACAGAGGUGUGCUGUUUUAAAGGCAACAUGAAGGUUUACCGUUAAAUGAAAGAUCUGGAAAAGGGCAUCUGCUCCAGGGGUUCUCGAGCCACAUUGAGACCGUUCUCAAACGGUCUUGGGUUUCACAGGACGAGUCUCAAUUGCAGGGGAUCCGUGGUCCAUAGGACCCCCCACUUCCACCAGAGCGGCCUCCCUGAGCCCUGGCGCGCCCCCAUGGCCUUCCGUGUGAGGCUGUGCUUAGGGAGCUCCACUACUCAAGAAGUUAGCAAACCACUUUUUUUUUUUAGAUUUUAUUUAUUUAUUUGAGAGAUAGAGAGAGAGAGCACAAGUGAGGUGAGGGGCA